AGAAGACCAAAACAAUAGAUGUAAACAGCGUCAGCGCAGGAGGAACUGAGCAGCAGUCAGCUGUAUGCUUCUGUAAUUUUUCUGAUAUUCUGAUAAUAAACGGUCUUUCCACCAUCAGGAUGGAUGUCCUCCAUGCAGUGAGAGAGGCAGAGCGGUUCGUCAUGCAGUCCUGCAGCUCUGCUCUCUGUGUCCUGAUCUUACUGACCACUACACUCCCUGUUGCUGUUGAUCCAGUGAAUGUGAAGCUUCAUGACUCUGCUACUCUGUCCUGCUCUGGGAGAUGUUCUGGUUUGGUCAGAUGGACUGAGUUCAGUAAAUCCACUGAUGUUCUGGCUGAGUGUGAUCAGACUUCAUGUAGAUCAGUGAAGGAGGGAUAUCAGAUGAUCCAUGAUCAGUACCUGAAGGGGAAUCUGUCUCUCAUCAUCACUGACGUUGAAUUCAGUAAGAGAGGCUGGUACACGAGUGACUGUGAUGGUAAAGAUCUCUGUGAUGUGCGUCUACAGAUUGAGCCCUUGAGUUCCUCAGUUCAGCUAAAGGAUGGUGAAACUCUAAUGCUGGACUUGGACGUAUCAGAUCCAGUGGAGGUGAUUUAUAACAGCACAGAUGCAGGUAAUCGAUCCAGUGGUCAGAUCUGUACAGUGAAUGAACACUCACUACAGUGUAAAUCUGAUUACAGUCAGAGAGCAUCACUCACAGCCGUUCUUAAGCUGAGUGGUGUGACUCCAUCUGAUAGUGGAGUUUAUACCAUCAGGGACACCAAGAAUAAAGAGGUCAUCCACGUCUACACAGUGACCGUCCAAGAUGAUCAGCAGAGCCUGGACAGUGAUCUUAGGUCUGAUGUGCCAAUGUGGAAGUCAGUCCUGUCCACAUUUGCUCUCGUGACUGGAUUUGUGGCUCUACUCAUUGCAAUAACAUUGGUAGUGUUGAAGAGGAAUCGCUGAAAUUUGUGAUGAAAACAACACUGGUGUUGAGGAGGAGGUCACACUGGGCAUAUUGUAUAUAUUGUAUUAUGUGUAUAUCCAUCCAUCCAUUUUCUAAGCCGCUUCUC